CAUUGUUUAAAAAUGCAUUGCCACAUCAGUUAAAUAGAUUUUAGGAUAAAAUUACUUACUCCGGCGGCAAUGUGCGUAAACCCUGCGUUGCGAGUUGGCUUUGAAAAUAUCGCACACCCUCAACCCGACCUUCUACUUUCAGCAAGCCUCCUCCACAGCGUGACUCAGCCAAAAAUUCAUCACCCACAGAAUUUCUUGGCGGGCAAGUGAAAACAUUUCUGCCAAAUCAAAAAAUUGUAGCUUCAAAAGUUUCUCCUCAAAUUCCUAUUCCAUACUUUCUUAUCCACAUUGUCUACGCAUCUGCUCUCAUCAUCGGCUCUGCGCAUCACAUCCGCUUUCCGCAUCAGUUUUGCAUCUUUCGUGAAACUCCAAAGUCUUCCAGGCACUUUCUUAUCCUUCUGCUAAUACAUCCAUGUGCUUGAUUAAUAGUACUUCCAGCAUCAGCUUUAUUUUCACCAUUUGAUGUUUGUGCUUGGGAUAUUCAUGUACUAGGAACUUGUGGUUGUGAGGUUCCAGGGUAAUAACUGGCUGCUGAGAAGCCCCAGGGAGAAUAUGGGAAUUUAUGAUGAGUCUCACACAACAAAUGGCUUACAAGCUUGUUGGGGUAAGAUCGUAGCUGCAGUGAAUAAAUUCCAUGUUUUAUAUGAACGAUUACAAAGGCAGCCGAAGAGUGGAGCAAGCCAAGAAGAUAUGAGGCGAGAGGCAAUGCACAUGUAUGAAGAUAUUAAUAAUGGCCAGUCUUCCAAGUAUGAACAUUGUAGGGAGAUCAUGAAAACAAAUUCAAAAUGGUGCGUAAAGGAGGUUACUAAGACCAAAGAUAACUCUAAGCAGAAAGCUACCAAUGGAAGUGGUGAUACCCAAGUACCAACCCAACCAGGGAGUUCAGGUAAUGAAGGUGAAAAGUGUACUAAUGUAGAUGAUAAUGCUGAUGGUAAAUGCAAUAAUAUUGAACGCCCUGAAGGAAGAAAGGCUACUAAAGAAAAAAAGAGGAGGUUGAAUGAUGAAAAAUUUGUAGUUGAUGCUUUGAAUAACUUACAAACUACAAUGGAAAAACGGAUUUGUAUUACUCUGGAAGAGCUGAAGAUGAAGAGGGAAAAGGACUUAAAAGACUUUGAAUUAUGAGAAAAGAUAAUGGAAAAAGAGUUGGAGCUAAAAGAACAUGCUCAAAAAUCGAAGGAGAAGGAUCAACAGUUAAAGGAAAAGGAUCAACAGUUAAAAGAGGCUGCUCAAAAGUUUAAGGAGAAAGUUCAAAAGAGACAAGAACAAGAGCGUAUUCUGAUUUCUGAAUCAAGAUGUCACCAAACUUCCCGUAAGAGUUAGAGAGACAUUUGAGAUGUAUCAAGCUCAGAUUUUAAAGGAAUGGGAAAAGGAUGGUCUUUUGGUGUGAAUUACAGUUAAAGAAGCUCAAGUCUUGAGGAAGCUAAAUAGCAAUACUUGCUGGAAGAUUGGAAACAUUAUGUGUGAAGACUAGUUAUUUAUUUUUUAUGAAUUUGUGUUUGCUUUGGUAUUUUGGAAUUCUACUACAUCAUGUGUUUGCUGAAAGGCAUACCGAGGAGGUAGAAGACUUUGCGCUCGAUCCGCCCAAGCCGGGAAUUAUACUCAGUCAUGCCUGUGAAGACUACUAAAGUUCCUAGGCAAAUCCGAGAGCAAGCUUGGUAUAUGAACCCAAUUUUCUCUGUUCUGAUUGGAGGCAUACUCUCAUUCGGAGUUGUUUUCAUUGAGCUCUUCUUCAUCCUCACCUCAAUUUGGUUGAACCAGUUUUACUAGGGCAUGCUUGCUCUAAGGAGCAAUUCAAUCAUUUUAUCAGUAUGUGUGAUGCUUUGGUUCUCACAGAAUGACCCUUGAUCACCCUAGAUGUAUCUGUCCGAAGUGUUGAUAUUAAUUAAGGCUGUUUAUCAAGUUGUAUAUUUCUAUAAAAAAAACCUUUGCUGAAUUAAAUAUUUAUACGCAAGUUAUCUGUGAA